AACAAUGGUUCCCUGGUGUGGUGCCGGAAUCACAAGCAAUGUUCUAAGCCCCUGUUCUCCAAGAAGAACUACGAGUGCCUGAUGAGCUGUGAGUUCCUCAAGUCCGUCCUGGCGGUGAGGCAGGGCGACUGCCCGGCCCCCGAGAGGGCCAGCGGCUUUGCCGCCGCGUGCGUGGAGAGCUGUGAGGCCGACGGCGAGUGCUCCGGGGUGAAGAAAUGCUGCCCCAACGGCUGCGGACACACCUGCCAGGUGCCCAAGACGCUGUACAAAGGUGUCCCCCUGAAGCCCAGAAAAGAGUUACGAUUCACAGAACUGCAGUCCGGCCAGCUGGAGAUUCGGUGGUCCUCGAAGUUCAAUAUUUCCAUUGAGCCCGUGAUCUAUGUGGUACAAAGAAGGUGGAAUUAUGGGAUCCAUCCCAGUGAGGACGACGCCACGCACUGGCAGACGGUGGCCCAGACCACAGAUGAGCGGGUCCAGCUGACGGACAUACGACCUGGCAGAUGGUACCAGUUCCGAGUGGCAGGGGUCAAUGUCCACGGGACCCGAGGCUUCACCGCCCCCAGCAAGCACUUCCGCUCCUCCAAAGACCCAUCCGCACCCCCAGCUCCGGCCAACCUCCGGCUCGCAAACUCCACCGUGAACAGUGACGGCACGGUGACCGUGGCCGUCGUCUGGGAUCUCCCCGAGGAGCCGGACAUCCCCGUGCAUCACUACAAGGUGUUCUGGAGCUGGACAGUCAGCACCAAGUCACGUGUCCCAACGAAGAAGAAGCGGAGGAAGACUACGGAGGGGUCCCAGAGCUCGGUGAUCCUGGACAGACUGCAGCCGGACGUCGGCUACACCGCGGAGCUGCAGGCCAUCGCCUACUGGGGACAGACGCGCCUGAAGGGGGCGAAGGCGUCCCUGCACUUUACGCCUGCGCGCUCCACUGGCCACAAGGAGCUACUGGGGAAGACCAGAAAGAGCGCGGUGCACGUACAGCCUUCUUUCCAAAGACGACGGCCUGCUCCCCUGCUGGAGAUCGGGGCUCCCUUCUACCAGGACGGCCAGCUGCAGGUGAAGGUCUACUGGAAGAAGACGGAAGAUCCCAGCGUCGACCGAUACCACGUGCAGUGGCUCCCGGAGGUCUGUGCCCACAACACCAGCGCCCGAGCAGAGGCGUCCUCUGGCCUCACCCAGGAAAAUUAUAUAAUUCUUCAGGAUCUAUCGUUUUCCUGCAAAUAUAAGGUGACCGUGCAGCCAAUACGGCCCAAGGGCCGCUUGAAGGCAGAAACCGUUUUCUUCACGACUCCGCCGUGCUCCGCCCUGAAGGGGAAAAGCCACCGGCACGUGAGCUGUCCUGACGAAGCAGGGCACCUGCCUGCCAAGGGGCUCGCCAAGCCCGAGAACCUGUCUGCCUCGUUUGUCGUCCAAGACGCGAACAUCACGGGCCACUUUUCCUGGAAGACGGCCAAGGCCAACCUCUACCAGCCCGUGACGGGCUUCCAGGUGACCUGGGCCGAGGUCACGACGGAGAGCAGGCAGAACAGCCUGCCCAACAGCAUCAUUUCACAGUCGCAGAUACUGCCUUCCGAUCACCACGUCCUGACGGUGCCCAAUCUGAGGCCGUCUACGCUGUACCGGCUGGAAGUGCAGGUGCUGACCGCGGGAGGGGAAGGGCCGGCCACCAUCAAAACCUUCCGGACGCCCGACCUCACGCUGCCCUCGGUGCACAGACCCCACCUCAAACACCGGCACCCUUAUCAUUACAAGCCUUCUCCGGAAAGGUACUAGCCGGCUCCAAAAGAGGUCUAAGAAUGGACGGGAUGUGCUGGCGUGUUGAGCUGCCAGGCCUCCGCCUACAGGCAGGCGCCCCCCGGACUCCCUCCCCCAUAACUCUGCGCCCAAGGGACCUCUGCUGAUCGGGGACACACAGUCAGUGGGGACGGAAAGCGGAUUCCCACGAGGACGAGGCCAUGAGGAUGCGGCCCGGGGAGCUGCACAUGUGAGUCCCCAGUGAACGACGCAGGAGGGACCCUCCCUGGGUUCGCGGCCGCACGCCCUCAGUCAGUGCCACCAACACACAGUUCAGCCCCGCACUCGGCCUCACUCGAAUCAGCAAAACGUUUAAAAACGAUGCUUUGAUUUGCAAAGUCAACUAAGGUGAUGCAGUUUUUAGGCCCUAUUUAUUGCAAUCUCCCAUAAGAUGAUUUAUAUCAUGUGUAAUUUUUACCCUCAAAUACAGCAAUCAGUUUAAACCUCCGCCUGUCCCUAAACUACAUCCGCACAAAGGCAAACAGCAUUGCAUCUGUCAGCCGUGGUUUUUGAGAGACAUCCAAGUCAGGAACGAUUCAGCCAACCAACCUGCUAUCCAGAGUCUGCCUCGGAGAAAUUAAAAUUCUUUCCUGGGGAUACUUGUUAGUAUUUCAUCCUGCAAAGGAGAACUUUUCCUACUAGGUUUUCUUAUCUUUUCCUUGUUUCCUUCAUGCAGGAAAGGGCUGCUGAUAGGCUUUGUUUUACCACUUUACGCAUCUAAAAAUUUACAAAACCUCUUGCUUAAAAUGAAAGAAACCCAAGGAUCUUUACUAAAGUGCUGCCUUUUCUUAAUCCAUGUAACCUACUUGUCUGCUAGAAUAUUCUCUGUUCUCGGUCAUGUAGGAAACACAAGGCCAUGAUUGACAGAGGGCAGCAACUCACUCUUUCAGAUCCCUCCUAUUGCCCUGUUUGGCUCCAAACUACCCCUUUUUAGCAUGGACUUGGGGCAAACGCACACAUCAACUAUACAUAAUGUCACCGUGUCCCUGGGGGCAGCCUUCCACCCAGAAAUCCUCAGUUUAAUAAAAUUUGUUCUUGAGGGAAUAUCACAUUUACAGUUUGAAAUAUGCAGAUGUUUUUGUGUCUCUAAGGGUGUGUGACACACACACACACGCAUCACUGACCUUGAGCAUGACUUCCCGAAGAAACUGUUCACAGCUACCAAUGAUGGAUAAAGAUGAGUUCUAGAGAGAAAAUUAUACAUUUUUCCCAUCAGUGCUUAUUCUAUGAGGACAAAGCAAUGUAUCAAAGUUAAACAUUUAAAGGAAAGGCUUCCUUUCAUCGUGUGCCUGAGGAAACUGGGGGACGUUUGGGUACCGUGGUCUUGGGGGCCGAUGGCGGCGGUGGGCACUCACCGUGUGGGCGCCGAGGGCUCCUGGGGGCGGCGGCUCAGGCCUCCUCCACGUCCCGCGGCUUCUGCACAGCGUCAGGACGCAGAGGCUCUGCAGGAGGAAGAGAGACUGGUUCCAUUGAGGCCCCUCUUUAGGAAACGCGGUCUGGACGCACGGACAUGGGGUGGCAGAUGCUGAAAACUGCUUCCUGGGCCGUGAAGACUUUUACAAGUCGACGACGCAGGCGCUGUUUUGCAGCCAGGCACAAGGGACACCCCGGGGCGCGUCAGCAGGGACGCCUCCUGCUGGUUUUCUAAAGUCCCAACGCGCUCUGGGCCACACUGAGCACGUGUGCUGUGCAGUCACCUGGUGCUAGCAGGGACGCAUCUGGAACGGACGGUGCAGGAGACCCCCCCCCCCCCCAUUUCAAGCAGCCCCGAUGCUGACCCAGCACCACAGUUCUCUGCGAGGAGGCUGACUUCCGCCACUGCCCUCAGCGGUAUCUGAUUUUCAACUUGUCAAAUUUUCACACACGAAGACGUCUGAUACCAGCUCCCCGCGUGUCUGCUACCUUCACGUGUCACGAACAAUCCCAGGGUUGGUGCCACUGCAGUUCUGUCCUGUUGUCCAAAAUGGAGGCAUGCAUACAUAGAUGUGAAAUAUUAUUAAAUUAUUAUGUCCGUUGAAUGUUACGAAGUUUAGCUAAGUUUCCUUUAUCCGGGCAAUAGACAGUGAGCAAAUCUAUGUUUCGUGUGGAUGAAGGUCCCGAAGCGUGCCUCUCCCUGAGGAAAUCGAGAGCAGCGCGUAGGAGCGUCUACUUUAGGUGAUUAAGGAAGCAUGAGUUUCUCUUAUGAAUUGCAAUAAUAUGCAAAUUGGUCAAAUUAUAAUUAGAUUUUUUUAAUUUUAAAAAUUCGAGUGCCCUAAUAAAGAUAUCACUGGGGAUUUUCCCCCUUUAAACACAGUCUACGUGGCUACGUCUCUAAUACGUCAUGUUGAAACUAAAUGCGUUCCUCUUAUCUGAGGACACCUAUAUUCAGCAAUAGUAUUUUCUCUUCAAACUGGAGCCCAACAGAACUACCGAGUCCUCGAGUCCCACGGCUCACUCGUGUCCCCGCAGCUGCAGGGACGCGCACGUGCACUUAGCCGGGGCCUGUGGCGUGACGUGUAGGCGAGCCUGUGCCCUCUGAAGCCGUUCGCUGUUUCAAUAUGACGUAUUAGAGACAGUAAAAUGGAGGACACGUAGUUGUUUGAAAUGAUUAUUAAACCAAACUCAAGUUUAAAGAUGCAUCUAUCCCCGGGGAGCCUGGGAGAGCCCGUCACUGACUCUACAGGGCAGGCUUUCCGCAGCUCAGCCCCGCGGGCGUGCGGGGCCGCUCACGCUCUGGGGCGCACGUCCUGCGCAGUGUGCGGUGUCCCUGGCCCCUUACCUGCCAGAUGUCCCCAAGUGGGGACAACCGAGUCUCUGGCUUGCAAGUCCUGAAAAGUCACAGCAUUUGGCUCCAAAGCCCCGUACUGUCGUGUCUGUCCGCUGAAUCCCGUGAUGGUAAGACUGACCUCUGACUUGUGUGUCGGGCAAGUGCAGUCAGCGUCACUUGUGGUAACGGCUUAUUUAUUUAGUGCCCUUUCUCACACCAUGGAUUUCCUAAGUUUUCCUAUUCCCGUCUCGGAAUCUUGUUCUAGAAACCUUCCCCUUAUAAGCAGAACACGAAGGCUAUCUAUCUGUCGCAUGUACUUAGGACUCACUGAAAAUAAUAAAUGCAUAAAGAUGGUGACUCUAAUCUACGGUUGUGCAUGGCCAGACUCCGUUUCUUACCUCUACUGAACAUGGUAGCAAGUUAUAGCAUUUCCGGAGUGAUUAACAGAGGUCUGUAUGUAAAGUUACUGUUUCUUAAUUAUACUGUAGAGUGCAGAUAACAAAAGACCUACCUUCUCAUCCAAAUGGCCAACAGAGUUCACGCCUCUUAGACUGGUCAUUCCGAGUCAAUAUUUAUUUAUGUCUGUAAUAAAAAAAAAAGUGAUUUUUGUGUAUGUCUGUCAUGUUAUUUAGAGAAACGUAAUCCUGUAAAAAAAGUUUGUAAAAAAAAGUAUUGUAAAUAGGCUGAUAUUCUGUGACUCAUUAUUUUCAUGUUAGAGUUUGUACAUACUGAUUCAGUAAUAAAGUAUCCUUACACCUGC